CAUUCACACUCCCUUCACAUCUCCGACCAGUAGCAGUGGAUCUCCCUGGGAGGACAAAUGAAGUGGACCCGGUGGAUGGAAACAUAUGUGUGAUGAGAACAAACAUCCCGGAUGCAUCUGUUCACUGCACUCAUCAUCAGGGGAAAGCGAUGAGUGAUUUAACCCACUGACGUUUGGGAUACUCUUUACUCUUUUGACUUUUGCUUGCAUCUAAACCGGCCAGUCAUUCAUUUAUUUAUAGAGGUGCUGCACCCUCAGUCUGGUUUCUUACCCCCCCUCCCCACCCCCCGCCCGCCCGCCCUGCUGUCUGAGUCCCGCGGUGCAGGAUGGAUACCCGGCUAUGCCUCUCCAGGUACCCGCUGCUGGUGCUGCUCUGCGCGGCGUGUGCACUGUCGGGGACCCGGAGCCCCGUGGCUUCAGCGGGGAGGAGCUGCGCCGACACCCGGCAGGUGUACUCAGAGAAGGGGUACAGCACAGGGACUGCGCCGAUGACUCAAAUCUCCGGUGAGCACCUGCGGCUCUGCCCUCAGGACUACACCUGCUGCUCCAGUCAGAUGGAGGAGACGCUGGCCCUCCAGAGCGAGAGGGACUUCCUCAAAGCGGUCGAGGAAAACAGCCAGUUCCUCCUGACUACCUUUACCCAGAGACACCGCAGGUUUGAUGAGUUCUUCAGGGAGCUGAUAGACUUGUCAGAGAAGUCCAUGAACCAGAUGUUUACCAAGACCUACGGCCGGCUUUUUACCCAGAAUGCACACGUCUUCCAGGAGCUGUUUGUGGAGCUGAGGAGAUACUAUUCAGGGGGCAGCGUGAGUCUCUCUGAGGUGCUCUCAGACUUCUGGUCCAGGCUGGUGGAGCGGGUCUUCUCUCUGGUGAACCCGCAGUAUCAGUUCAGUGAGGACUACCUGGAGUGUGUCAGCAAACACGCCGAGCAGCUGCAGCCGUUCGGGGAUGUCCCUCGCAAACUGCGAGUACAAGUGUCGAGGGCGUUCAUCGCAGCCAGGUCUCUCUCCCAGGCUUUAGCUACAGGUCGGGAUAUCGUCAACAAAGCAACCAAGCUGACUGCAGAUUCUGAGUGUGUGCGUGGGCUGAUGCGUCAGUGGUACUGCCCUCUUUGUCGGGGCAUGCCCUCCCUGCGACCCUGCCACUCCCUGUGCCUUAACGUGAUGAAGGGCUGCCUGGCCAAUCAGGCCGACCUGGACACCGAGUGGAACAAUUUCAUUGAUGCUCUGUACCAGGUUUCAGAGAAGCUGGAGGGCCCGUUCAACAUGGAGCUGGCAUCUGACUCCAUCUCUGUGAAAGUGUCGGAGGCCAUCAUGCACAUGCAGGAGAACAGCGUCAGCAUCUCGACCAAGGUGUUUCAAGGUUGUGGAAACCCAAGGCCAGCUCCGGGACGGUCCAAACGCUCCCCCAAAGAGUCCGGGGGCAACAGGAGGCCCUUCCGCACCUACACCCCGGAGGAGAAACCUACGACGGCUGCAGGCACUAACCUGGACCGGCUGGUUACAGAGCUGAAGGAGCGACUGCGGCCCAUGCGUGGCUUCUGGGUGUCCCUCCCACACACCAUCUGCAACGAUGAAAAGAUGGCUACCGACGUCACUAAUGAGGACCGCUGCUGGAACGGGCAGACCCGAGGGAGGUAUCUCCCGGAUGUGACAGGUGACGGGCUGGUGAGUCAGAUCAACAACCCUGAGGUGGAGGUGGACAUCGCCCGGCCAGACGUGAGGACCAGACAGCUGAUCAUGGAGCUGAGGGUGGCUACCAAUAAACUGAGACACGCUCAAAGCGGACAGGACAUGGACUUCAUGGAUAGUGAGGAGGGCAGCGGCUCAGGAGGUGGCGAUCACGGAGAUAGGUACAACGAUGAUUGGCCAGGUUAUGGGCCUAACUCUCCCUCUUACAACAACAAACCCCCCCUUAACCCCGCCUCCAACCCGGCCAAGCCACCUCGGAUCAGAGAAAGAAACGGGUCCAAGUGGAAGAAAAACAACGGCCACGGGAGGGUUAGGUCCGCCUCCAGCCGGCUCUCUUUCUCCCUGCUGUCAUUGUUGUCUCUGCCUUUCGUGGUCAAUGUCGCCCCCAUGUGGAGAUAGCUGCUUAUUGCGAUCUGUGAGUCGAGGUGUGUUGUCUUUUGGGGAUCUAAAGCACAUUAAGAAAUGAAGUCAUUCCAUUUGGGUACACCAGCAAAACAAAGAGACUAAACAGGCUCAAUUAGCAAUAAUCAAAAAAACCUGUUUACAGCACAACGUAAGAGAGUUCAAAGAAAUGUUCCAAAACAGACUUCACACGACGUUGAUGGAUACAAACAUGACCUAAUAAGUAUUUAAACUUUAUUUUAGUGCCAUUCAUAAGAAGUUUGAACUUUUGGAGUCUGAAUCCCGAGAGGCGUUCAGUGAUGGAGGGUUCAUGUUGGCGGUGAAAAGCGGAACAAAAGCACUGAAAUGAGCGUGCAGCAUGUUUUGGAAGAUGGUGCUUACGGGGCAACUUGCAGGUCGAAGCCUCCAGCGAACAUAAAGUUCAAGAAAACACAUGAAUUAGUUCUCCGCAGAGACUUCUGGAAUCACUUUUGAAUGUUUGCGUUCAUCACCUCUCGCUGUGAGGAGCAUGUGUGAACAACCAGGUCAGGUCAGUCCUCCUGAAAUGUUCUAGAUAUUUUCAGGGGAGCAAACGUCUAAAGUGUUUGAGAUGACAUCACGUUAGCAGAUGUGUUCUCUUGAUGAAAGUGCGACCUUGAAAGUUGGUUUUCGGCAGGAAGCGGCUCCCUCCUCUUUCCAGUCCUGCGUACCGCCACUGAAUCUGUAAGAGGUACUCAGGACUGGACCGCCCCGGCCUCAUGUCCCCCCUUGGUUUAAUAAAUACAGUAAAUAAUCUGACCUGCAGGUUGCCCUUUAAGUUCUCGUGUUCACUUUGUCUUUGAGAUCGAGAUUUAGUUUCGCUCUCAGCGGGAACGUUUACCGCCUUCUCUCAGAACACGAGACAAUUCAUCGAGAUGAUCAUGAUCUCAGUCGGCGUGUAGUCAGAAAAAAAGAGGUGUUCAUGUAAUUUGAUAUUAAACCUCUGUGUUUUGGCCUCGAUAUCAAAGAGCAUUAACUGUUUGACCCCCAAGCGGCGUUUGUCUGAAAGUAACUGAGUGCUAAAGUUACUUAGCGGGAGACGCUGUCGUUUAAUGUAAUAUAUUCAUGUUUUUAAUUUAUUUGUAAUAUAUUUGUUUGUUCUAAAUGUUAUUAUGAUUUAUAAGGACAGGGUUCUGUGUGUGUGUGUGUGUGUGUGUGUGUGUGUGUGUGUGUGUGUGUUGAUGACGACAUGCUCGUAUGUUUUCUUAAUAAUGUGCUUUUCUACUUAUUUUCCGUGAACACGUCGAGCGAGCUCAUCGUUUACAGACGUAAACAUUUAAAGGCUUCCAGGAACCGCGGCCACGUUUACACGAGAACGCCGCGCUGAAAACCGAAAGGCUAAGUGCUGCUGCGCAUGUGGAUCCUGAAAAACGACUAAAAACUCUGCAGUACCAGGUCAGGCCAGUAGAUGGCGCUGUGACUUUGUAAUGAAACAACACGCCAUGUGCACAGGCUGUUCCUUCUGCAGAGCGGUGAGGUGUAAACAAACAAAACAUUUUGACAAAAUGUCGACUGAGUCGUGACAGUCGAUGUUUUCAGAAACAGAACUCAGAAGUCGGCCAUUGUUGUUGUAGUCCACCUCCUCGCUCACGACCAUCGACCGGAACUGAAAUGCACACGCCGUAGAGUCUACGUUUUUAGAGAAGCAGCGUUUUCCAGUCGACACGUCGACGGAGACGCUGCUGUAUGUUUAAAGUUUGCACAGUGAAAACGCCGUUGUGGUGUAAACAAACAGCCAAACCGUGAAAGUUUACCGUGUUAAGAUGAAGUGUUGUCGUGUAAACGAGGCCUCAGUUGUUGGCCCACAAACACACAAACAGUAUUCUACAGCUGGAGUACGUCACGGCCUGGAUGAGCUGCGGUCGGGUUCGGAGGUCGUUAGUUGGUUCUGUAGGACAAACUCACACAUUCCCUUUUCUGUGUCAGCGUUGCACAACUUUUUAAUGUUAUUGUAACGGCUUUUUUUUGGUAAUGAACAAGUGAUAUUUUCUGCUUCAUUAAAAAACAAUCACAAAGUU